AUGUUAUAUAUUUUAUAUUUUAAGUUAUUUAUUACACUGACAAUUGCAGUAAACAAAUUGUCAGCCGAACGAAUAAAAGAUAUGAUUUAUAUGUCAAUUGAUGGAGCGUCUGCUUGUUUUCGUAGACACAAUGGUACCCAUCAAUUUGGAUGUUCUUCAACAAGAGGUGGAAGUGUUGGAGUAAUACAGUUGAUAGAAACAUUUGAAGAUGUUAAUUGGAUUGAGUCUAAUGCAACAGCUGGGCCUUAUACUGUAGUCAUUCCUUUUACUAUGUUUACAAAUGAAGUUAUAUCGCGUCUUGAGGCAACAAAUAACAUAAACGGAAUUUUAAUAGCAAAGAAUAGUAGUCAAGCAUUUCCGUCCGUUUAUUCUCCAGAGGAUACAUGUCCAAAUAGAUACUCUGGUAUACAAUCAUGUGAUAAUAAUAAAAAUGAUAGCAUAUUGGAGAAUAUAAAAAAUUGCUACUUUAAGCACAAUGCUCACCACCUUGAUAAACAAAAAGAACGUCCUCUGUGUGCUUUGGAAAUGCAAUCAUUUAUGACAGCAGCAGUUGACUCCGAAACAUGCAUUAGACGUAGUAAAAAAUUGUACAUGAAUCCAACAGCAUUUUGUGAUCCGCUCAGUAAUUUAAAUAUUCAUUGGCCUCUAUCGCCUUUAAAUAACAAAACAGAAUCGAUAGUUUUGGUUAUCGCACGCCUAGAUGCAAGUUCUAUAUUUGAUAACAUAUCACCAGGUGCAAAUAGUGCUGUCACAGGUUUAAUAACUCUUCUUGCUACUGCAUAUUACUUAAAUUUGCUCAAUGCUACUGUAAAUCAUACAAAUGUUGUAUUUUCAUUACUAAAUGGAGAAUCAUUUGAUUACAUUGGAUCUAGUCGAUUUGUUUAUGAUCUUAAAGAAGGCAACUUCAAUGCUUUAGGAGGAAAAAAUCUAAAAUUCGAUAAAAUUCAAACAGUCAUCGAAUUGGGGCAACUUGGAAAUGAUCAGUUAUAUCUCCAUGCUAAUAAUCAUGAAAAUAAUGAUGUUAUUAUUAAUCUUAAAAAGAGUUUAGAUCUUGAGAAUAGAACACUUUCCAACAGCGUACCACCUGCAUCGAUACAAAGCUUUCUCGCUGAAAAUCGUAACUUAACUGCAGUAGUAUUAGCUACUCACGGUGAACAAUUUACCAAUAAAUAUUACGGCGGUAUUCUAGAUAAUGCUGAAACACUUGGAAUUCGAAGGAAGCAAAUAAAUAAAACCUUAGCUCAUGUAGCUAUGAAACUCGGUGACGUUUUAUAUGAAAAAGUAACAGGUCAAAAAUCACCUAGUAGUAAUGUAACAAUAAUUGAAGAACUUAUCAAUGAAAUGUUAUUUUGCUAUCUUGAAAGUGCUAAAUGUAAUCUAUUUCAAGCUGCUUCGAUACCAGGAUAUAAUAAAUUACCCAAUCAUACGUAUCCUUUGUAUGUUGGUGUAAGUUCUUCUCUGAACCACGCAACAAGUAUUACUGGACAACUUCUUGCUCUACUUACCGGAGAAAAGUUACCAAAUAUGACAGCUAAUGAGUGUAAUGAACACAGAUUAGCCUGGAUGGGUGGAUAUAAUAACUUUACUGGAAUUUGUAUAAAUUCAACGGUUAAUUAUACGGCUGCUGUUAGCCCAGCUUUUAUUAUUGAUGGGUAUCAAAUGAAAUCGGGAAAAUAUUCAACGUGGACAGAAUCACGUUGGCACAUACUCAGUGUCCGUAUGUUCAUUAAACCAUCAGAAGCAGUAGAACAAUUGACAAUAGCAUUAGGAAGUGUCAUAGCUAUUAUCUCUUUGAUUGCUGUUUGGUUCAUAAACUCUCGAGCGGAUAUACUGUUUGAUUACAGUCCAGCAACAGAGGAUUGCUAG